AUGCUGUCGCCGGUCAAGGCGGAAACGCCUAGUCCGCGGAAGCAGGCCACCACACGGGGAAGGGGAAGAGGCCGCAACGCCAAGGAGGAGGCCGAGGACGACGAUGAGGACAGCAAGCAGUCACCAGCCUCACCACAGAAGCUGGACACCGCCUCGCCGUCCAAAGCCGAGGCACUGCAGGCGCGCAAGCUCAAAUCGUACACGCAGUACGCCAACAAGUCGCCCUUUCCCGACUUUGCGCGCCCGACAGCCGAGGAGUGCAAGCUCGCGCACAAGAUCCUGGCGUCGAUCCACGGCCCGCGGGAGCGCAUCAAGCAGGAGGACCUGCAGGCACCCUCGAACCGCGCCGGGUGCGGCGACUCGCCGUCGGUGCUGGACGCGCUGGUGCGGACGAUCCUGUCGCAGAACACGAGCGACAAGAACAGCACGCGGGCCAAGCUCAGCAUGGACGAAGUCUACGGCGGCAGCGACCAGUGGGACGCCAUCGUCGCGGGCGGCGAGGGCAAGCUGCAGAAGGCGAUCCAGAGCGGCGGGCUGAGCGUCGUCAAGAGCCGCGUCAUCAUCAGCAUCCUGAGGCAGGCCAAGGAGCGGUACGGCAAGUACUCGCUCGACCACCUCUUUGACGCGACCAACGACGAGGCCAUGACCGAGAUGCUCUCGUUCCAGGGGGUUGGCCCCAAGACGGCGAGCUGCGUGCUGCUCUUCUGCCUGCGCAGGGAGAGCUUCGCCGUCGACACGCACGUCCACAGGAUCACGGGCCUGCUCGGGUGGCGGCCCCAGGGCGCGUCGAGGGACGAGACCCACGCGCACCUCGACGCCCGCGUGCCAGACGAGGACAAGUACGGGCUGCACAUUCUGCUCGUCACCCACGGCAAGAAGUGCGACGAGUGCAAGGCUGGCGGCAGGAAUCUGGGCAAGUGCGAGUUGAGAAAGGCGUUCCGGGGGGCAAAGCUGAGGGGCGAGGCUGGCAAGGACGUCGAGGAGGAGGAGAAGGCAGAGGUGAAGAAGGAAGAAGGUGAGGACGAGUGA